CAGAGUGAAAGGAUGCCAAUUGGCGUUGGCGGCGGUAAUAAGAGAGCGAGAAACAGAUAAGUAGUGUACGUCAGCCUCGCACACGCGCCUGCCCGGGACACGACCCCAUCCAUACAACAGACCGACCGACGUCGUAGUCGCCGUCGUGGAGUGCGAAGGAGUGGCCCCACAGCCUGCCUAUCGCAGCUUUUUUCUCCACCGCGUGAGUCAGUGUACAUACGAGGGAGUUGGAGUAGUUGAGCCGACGUGUUAGAUUUUCGCUAGCAGCAGCUCCAGACGCCGCUUCGACAUGUCGUCGUCAGGCGACUUCGGCAAUCCCUUAAGGAAGUUUAAGCUGGUCUUUCUUGGCGAGCAGAGCGUCGGCAAGACUUCGCUCAUCACCCGAUUCAUGUACGACAGCUUUGACAACACCUAUCAGGCUACAAUAGGAAUAGAUUUUUUAAGUAAGACUAUGUAUUUAGAAGAUAGAACUGUGAGAUUGCAACUUUGGGAUACCGCAGGACAAGAACGUUUCCGGUCAUUAAUACCUAGUUACAUUAGGGACUCUACUGUGGCUGUUGUUGUCUAUGAUAUUACUAAUGCAAAUUCUUUCCAUCAGACAUCAAAAUGGAUUGACGACGUUCGGACGGAAAGGGGUAGCGACGUCAUUAUAAUGCUCGUUGGCAACAAAACAGACCUCAGCGAUAAACGUCAAGUUUCGUGUGAAGAAGGCGAACGAAAAGCUAAAGAAUUGAACGUUAUGUUUAUUGAAACAAGUGCUAAAGCUGGUUACAAUGUUAAACAGCUGUUUAGAAGAGUAGCUGCUGCCUUACCUGGCAUGGAUUCAACUGAAAAUAAACCACCAGAAGACACAGCUGUUGAUCUGCAAAACCAGUCGACGAUGCAGAACGGAGGUGAAUCCGAGGGUGAAGGUGGAUGCAUUUGCUAGGGUGCUGCUGCUUUGGACGAUCGCGCGAUUGGAGGCAGUUGAAGAAGGAAAGAACCAACAAUUAGCGAACAUAAUCGCUGGUGGAACAAUUAUGUGAUUUCAUGCGGAGGUGAGACUGACUCUCUGGCCUUUUUCUUCUGUCAGAUUCGACGGACAUCUUUCACUUCGAUCUUCAGCCGAUCACGUAAUAAUUAGUGCUUGUAUAACGUUUAUAAAUACAUUUUUUUCGCUCUUUGGAACAUUGCGAACAUUGUAUCGUUCGUUCACAAAAACAAAAUGAUUUGUCAUUGUUUUUUAGCCUUCAAAAUGACUUAACUAAUAGUUAAGUGACAAUUUCGUAAAACUUCAUUGUAUAACAAUUGUCAUUGCUCUGUUAAUGCCUAUUAUCUCGAAUCUAUUUGCAACUGCAUUCAUUAAUUGAUUUUUAGUCGACCUCCCUAGAAAAAAAAUGAGAAUCACCAAAUAAUCCGCUAUCACUGUCAAAUGUAAGAAUCGAAGGCGAUGUUUUAUAGAUACGCGAACCCAUCACACGGCGUUUUUGUACGCGACUUGUCAAUUUUUCAAAAAGGUGCGUGUUGUGAUAAGUUGCAUUCCUUGCGUGCACGACUGCGAUUGUGCGCAACGCACGUGAAACCAAUAAUAACUAGCGAGAUAUGUCGCAAUUUUGUCAGGCUACAAAAAGCGAAAUGCCUUUCAUGGACUUCUCAUCGACGUAUCAUUCAAGCGAAUCAAUAGCCAAUUGACGAUACAUCUACACAGGCAUUCACAUAAAAAUAGAAUUACGGUGUCACAUCAAAGAUUUACGCUGAAAAAAUGUUUCUCUUGAUGUAUGUAUGUGUGUUUGGGCGUGUGUGUGCGCGCGCGCGUGCGCGUGUGUGUGUGUGGGCGAGUAACGGUUUAUACCUUACGGUUACAUAGCUGUAACAGUACGCGUCUAUAGAUAUAUACAUAGUACCGCGGAUAAUCCAAUGCUUAUAGUGCAAUAUAAAACUCAACUGUUGCAGACUUCGAAUAAUGUAUUAGCGACGAUGAGAAUAUCCGUGCGUGAGCGUUGUAAUUCGUUUGUUUUUCUUCUUGCGAUGGGGAAUUUUAUCGUGCAUCGUUGAUAUAUACGUAUAUUAUUUUUUCUGUUUUCUUACAUUGCUGCGUCGUCCAAUCAAUUGAUUCUAUCGGCAGAAAAAGCAAACACGAACAAUGUAUUAAUUGGUUUUCGAUAUGGAAAAUGAAAUUGACUAGAAUUAAUGUGUCGUUAGACGUAGGAUUCUUGGAAAUAUUGUUAAAGUUUUAUUAAUAGAUGAAAUUUCGUCGAUUACGAUUAGAAAGGUACGGUAAUACUAUUGCGAUAACCAAAAUCUUGAAUUUGAUUAAUGAAUAAUGUCAAAGCGUGACUGUCAAAUGAAAAUGAUUGAAAGUACUAUGUAGACAGCCGUACAUUUCUAUUCGUAAUAUUUAUAUCAAUUAGACUUAAUUUAAAUGGAAGAAAAAAAUUGAAAAAAAAUGAUAACAAAUGAUCUUUUGAUGUCGUGUAAAACUUGACGUGUGCCUAAAAUCGACAGUUUCUGAGCAAGCGAGGCUGAUACGUGUGUAGGCUUGAUUUCUUAUUGAAUAUCGCGCACGCUUCGUUUCUUCGACGAAGUAUAUGUAUUAAAGCGAGGGAUUGAGCGAUAGUUAGUCUUUUCGUAUAUACCGUGCGAACAUUGUAAUUUUUUGAUACCGAGCGCAUGCUAACUCAAAAGGAGCUUGCACUGGGAAUAAAUCGAACUGAAAUAACAGCUAUAGAACUUUGAAAAAUAUACAAACCACCCGAUCUUUUCAGGUGUAAUUGCGUCGGAAAUAUCCGACGGAAGACUGUCAUUUCAACUGUUUGUUUCGAACGUCAAGCCCAAAAAAUUGCAAAAAUAAAAGAUGCUUAGCGAAGUUUCAUACGAAUGUAGAGAAGUGCGCCCGCGGAAGCUCGAACGGCCAUUUUUAUGGUUGGUGCGCGCUUCCUGUGCGCCUCCACUUUUUUUUACACGUAGAGGGGCAUAAACGAUUUAUAACUUCCGACCGUCGUAACUUACUCUGUAGCUUCGUAGUUGACGCAUACUCAUACGAGAAAGAAAAAAAAAUGGAACAAAAGAAAGCAAAAAAAAACACGAAUUAUCGUCAUCGUUGUCACACCGCAUAAAACAGUGCGUAUACUUGCAAUCGCGAACAUCUAGAAAGAGGAAUUGUUAAAAAAGAAACAAAAGCAAUUCUUGAUAUUGGCUUUUGCAUUUUUUGUGCUCGUGCGCUGAACGUUCCAUCUCUGCAGGUGUAUAUCUUUCUUAAAAAAACUCUCAAUGUCUUUUGUUUUACUCACCUCCGUUGCACUGACUUACCUCUAAUAAAUACGAAAAGCUUUAACUGGAAUUUAAUGUGUUGAGAGUCGUCAUAGUAAAAAUAUUCUGUUUGUUCUGGAAUAACUGAGAUAAAAAACAAAGUAUACCGCCCUUGUGUGCUAAGCUUUUGCGAUUUCCUCGUCAAUCGUGAAAGUACGUACGUGACAAUUACACAUUAAGUAGAAAAAAACUGAAUUUCAUCAAGCCAUCACUUACAAAGUGCAUUAAUGCCAAAAAUAAGAGAAAAGAAAAUGACCACGUUUAAGAAGAGCAAAUAAAAAAGUAAAUUGACAAUGUGGCAAAUGCGCGAUCGAUGGAUUAUUGUUAGCAAAAUGGAAUGCGAAGUGAUCUUUAUACCGUUGUAGGCGCAAUUAUUACGUUUGAUUGACGAGACUAACGAAUUUUUGCAACAUUUGUCAUAUUAACACUGUACGUGCAGGCAAACUACUAUCAAAUAGCAAAUUAAUUAUACAUGAAACAAAGAUGGGAGCUUCGUAAAAACAAAGUGGAAUAAACCUUUUGAGUCAAAAACAAAAGAAAAUGACAAAAAAUCA